CUCCCUGGCUCUGUCCGGGGCACCGGGGCCGCUUCUCCGGCCGCAUCUGCACCCCUUUCCGCCGGCGAGAUCCGCGCUGUCCCUCCUCCGACCGCGGGGAGCCCGGCGGAAAGAAAGAAGGCGAGAACCUCGGACUGAAGGACCAUGAGGGCUGCCGGGAAGGCUUUCAAGAAGAAGAGCAAAGGGGCUUUUUAGAAGUGAUUGGACGCUGCAGCCGCAAGGCUGGGGCCAGAGGGCUGGCAGUGGAAAACUCUUUUGGGCUGGGAUAUCUCAUCCAACAGUUCCUGGUGCCUUUUUGCCAACUGCAAGAAAAGCCAGGAGAACAAGAAGACAAUGUCAAUAGCGCUGAAGCAGGUUUUUAAUAAGGACAAGACCUUUCGGCCCAAGCGCAAAUUUGAACCCGGCACCCAGAGGUUUGAGCUCCACAAGCGAGCGCAGGCCUCACUGAACUCGGGUGUGGACCUGAAGGCUGCAGUACAGCUGCCUAAUGGGGAAGACCAGAAUGACUGGGUGGCAGUUCACGUGGUGGAUUUCUUCAACCGGAUCAACCUAAUCUAUGGGACCAUCUGUGAGUUCUGCACUGAGAGGACCUGCCCUGUCAUGUCUGGGGGCCCCAAAUAUGAGUACCGGUGGCAGGAUGACCUCAAGUACAAGAAGCCUACUGCAUUGCCAGCACCCCAGUACAUGAACCUGCUCAUGGACUGGAUUGAGGUGCAGAUCAACAAUGAGGACAUAUUCCCUACCAGCGUGGGUGUUCCCUUUCCAAAGAACUUCCUUCAGAUCUGUAAGAAGAUCCUGUGCCGACUCUUUCGGGUGUUCGUGCACGUCUACAUACAUCACUUUGAUCGCGUCAUCGUGAUGGGAGCUGAGGCCCAUGUCAACACCUGCUACAAACACUUCUAUUACUUUGUGACAGAGAUGAACCUCAUAGAUCGCAAGGAACUGGAGCCUUUGAAAGAAAUGACUACCAAGAUGUGUCACUAACGAGCCAUCUGCGGGAAGGAAGAGGAAUGCAGUUUCCUCCAUGGGGACAAGCGAAAACAUGAAGAAGUCUUUCCAGGCUGAAAUAGUUCAAUUCCCAGGAUCAGGAAAGUUAGGCACCGAAGAUUAUUUUCCAGCAACAUUUCCCAACCUCCAAGUGUGCUCUUAACCCUCAAAAUGCUGCUAGCAACAUCCUAUUGACCAUUUGGAUUAUACAGCAUAUAAAUAUAUAUAUAGCAUAUACAGGGGGAGGGGGGAUCUUAACUCUUUUCUGGUUCAAGAAUUAUUUUAGGAGGCAACCAUGCCUUUCCAAGCAGUUCCAACUGUAGUGUUUUCUUGCUGUUUCAGCUUUCCUGAAAUUCAGGUUUUGAGGCUGAGAUGCAUAUUUGUAUGUUUUUCACUGAACCUGUGUUAUCAGCUGGCCUAGUUUCUGCAUUUCACUUUCCAAGUACAAUGUAAAUUUAAGAAGUCUAGAUGCUAAACUAAGUGUUUUGUAAAAUGUCUUUCUUCCAAAUCCUUCAAAUUACCUACUCUCUACACUGGUCCUGUUGUUUAGUCGUCUGAAAUGCCGAAGAGCAUUGAUAUCCAUGUAAACCCAGCAAACAGCCUCAUCACAGCAUUCCCCCAUGUGCAUCUGAUGAGGCAGGCCUCCACUUGAUCAGUUAAUCUCAACUCCAAACAGUGGCUUCAAAUCAAAUUAAGUAGAUUAGACCAUCUCCCAGGAUAAUGAGUGGAUGCCCAGUUAUUCUGGUGAAUAGGUUAAUUUUUCUUUCCUUCUCCUCUUUCUCUAUUUCCCAGGUGGCUUUUACCUUGGGCAAAAUCUGUAAAUUGAGGAGGAUGAGGAGUGAGCAUCAGACCAGAACUAUUAAAGGUAGUCUGAUAAGGCAAAUGUUGCUAAUAACUCAUCAUUUUUGAAGCUUUGGAGAUGUCUGCCCAUCCUUUCUCAUCAUCUUUCCUCCGUACUAUAUUGAACAAGGGAAAAUUAGGCCCUGGUCUUGAAGUACAGCACCUAAACCUGACCUUGGACGCAUAGAUUGGGUCUGCAUGAAGGUCCAUCUCCCUCCUAGGAAAUGUCAUUUCCAGUUGGAACAGUUUAUUCUGGCCAUUUCCAGCACUGGAUUCGAUCCCAUGCCUGGUGGUGGAAAUAGGAGAACUCACGAUUCCAACUUUAAAUAAUGGCCCAGAGAGGCACUGCUGUCUGCUUAACUCCUCAUAUGGAGCUGCAACCAUGGUGGAGCUAAUUCUUCUCCCAUCUUUCCAUUUCAGUUGAAGGUCAGAAUUAGUGUGCUUUGUAGAAGUGUCAACUGAGACCAACCCCUUUUUUACUGAGGGAAAGGAGUGACUUUAAUAAGGCUCUUGUUUCGGGAAGGGGAUAUUAGCAUGUGUUUUCUUCAUGAUGAUUUGAACUUCACGAGGUCAAUGUAAUGAGAAUUUUUUAUGCAACAUUACUGAAGGGUAACAAAAAAAUAGCUCCAGAGUUUCACUUUGGUAUGCCCAAAUGCCUUGCUUCUUUCAUUCUGUGGAGAAUGAGAUGCCAUGGCCAAACAGACUAAGGGCUGGAUUUAUGAACUCUAUGGUAUUCGGUGUUAAAUUAGCAAAGUAGACUGACCAUGUAUUUUAGAGGGUGAUAUGACUUGCAUAUCUCUGAAGCUUUUAACUAGAAUGUAACAUUGAAAACCACAAUAUUUUACAUUCGAAAUUAACUCUCACCUUGCAUUCCACUAACACCAUUUGUUGUGCAGUUUGGACAUACUGUAGUGAGAGUUUGAAAUCUGAAGGCUUUUAUCAUCAAAUAUUUUAAAUACUGUUUUUUCAAGUACUAAUUAUGCAUGUGGUAUUUUCAAUGAGUUGAUAAAACUCUGCUUUUUUUCCUGUUAGUACAGUUUCCUCCUGUUGCUACUCCCUGAUUGCACUCCCUUAGUGUUUGUCUUUGUAAAUGUCUCAUUUUUUUUUAUUAUUUUAAGGUGUAAUGAGAGAGCCUAAUUUCUAAAAUACUUGGCCAGCAAAUUCCAAAAGAUCUCAUUGUCACUUCUCUUUGGCCUGACUGCUUCCCCAUGCAUAGCUCUUAUUUGCAGGGAAGGACUUGACUGAUGAUCCCCGGAUUUCUCUGACUUUUGACCCAGUACUGACCGUUCAGUGUUAAAAUAGAAUUUCCAUGGCUGCCAUGGGUGGGGAAAAAAAAGAUGGCAUGGCUCACACCCUUGCUCCCAUCUUCCCUCUUUCACGACCUUCAGUGAUGAUAGUGAUUGAAGGGUGGCAUAUUGCCACGGAUUUAUGAGUCUGAAAUACUAAGGCUGGGAUUAGAGAAGAAAGGAUGCAGAUGAGGAGGUUAGAGCAGUAAACUGGUGAGUUUCUAAUUGAUCAUUAAAUUUUAGAAAAUCUUCCCUGGACUCUGAGUACAUUGAAUGAUCUUCUCCUCCUUGUUUAUCUAAGACCUACUUUAAUCCCCAUUCUCUAGUGUAUAUGACAAGGGAACUAGGUGCCACUUCAAGAGACGUAGAUUCAUCACGUCCUUCUUAACUGAUGAACAGGGAAGAAGAUAGAUGAAUCUGUUUGGUUUGGGAAUGUGUGUGCUCCCAUGUUUAAGGUGGCUUGUGGCUAGCAAUAAGAGUGUGAGUCCUGCUUCCCUUACUUUUUUUCCCUACAUUCAGGUCCUAUGAUUUUGGGAAUAGUUUUUGCUAUUGUCUUCUGCUUCUUGCAGUGGUACCUUUGGCUUAGUGCACUUUUAAUCCUGAAGAAAGGGAAUCAGAAUCUCUUAGAAAGGACUGUGGCAGCAUAUCUAGUCAGUCCCUCUCUUUUUAGGCAGAACUCCUCUUAGGGCUUUCAGAAAAAUGAGAAUUUAGCCUGUUAUUAAAGAAUACCAGAGAAAUAGAGUCCCAAACUUUCCCAGAAACCCAUUCUUCUGUUAAAACAACUCACCGUUGGGUUGGGAGAUUCUUCUUCGUAUCUGAACCAAAUCCCUCUUGCUUUGAGUUAAGGCCAUUUCCUCUUGUUCUGACUUCAGUGGCGAUAAAGCCCAGCUAUCUAUUUCUUUUUGCCAAACUUGGACGUAGCUAGUCCUUUCCAAUCUGCUGGUCUGUUUGUUUUUUCCUCCUCUGCUAUAUUACCCUGAAAUGGUCCUUUAUUCAUCUUGUUCAUUCCUCCAAAUUGUCAAUGGCACCUUGAACUCUGAUCCCGUUUUCUAACAUUGCCUACCACUAUUCCCAAGUUCGGUAUCAUUUACAGGCUUAAUUGAACAUGCUCCCUAUUUCAGCAUUCAUUUCAUUGAUAAAACUCUGAACAACUCUGGGCUAAGACUGACCCCUAGUGAACACCACUUAGUUAUGAUUCUCGAAGUUUAAGUGGAUCUUUUAAUAACUACACUCCAUCCAGCUCUGCACUCCCCAGUAUUUGUGAGGCUUGGAUCCUCCACAACGGUAUUUUCCCAGUUUACUGAUAGGAACAUCUUGCAGAGCAGAGUCAAAAGCCUUUUUUAACUCAAGAUAAAUGGCAUCUGUUCAUUCUCCUUGAUCUUUCAGACCUGUUACUUGGUCAAAGAAGGAAUUGAGAGUAGUCUGACAGGUUUUCUUUUCAACUCCCAAGAUACCCCUGAGAAAGGAGUUGAAAAGACAUUUUUUGACUGAUCCUGUUCGUCAUGGAACAUCCUGAAUGGUUUGGGAGACUUUUAAGACCAGGUACCUAAGAUCAGACUCAAACUGAAUCCUUUCCCUUCUCCCUCAAAAAACUGACAAAGAUUGAAGAUUUGUUUUUAAUUUGCUUAUAAGCCUUCUAAUGGGUUGGCAUAUGUAGCUCUACACAUUACUGAAUGAAAUGACAGUAGGUGGUUGAAAUAGGUACUCGGAAGGAAAUAGGGAAAUGCUAGAGAGUGGUCAGUGGUGUAAGGAAAUAUUUAAGCAACAAGUAGAUCAAUUUCUCCCAAUCAGUAGCCAGAACAGAGGAAUCAAAAAUGGUCUGAAGCAUUAGUGAUAACAUUUUGUUGUUUAUCUAAUCUCAUUGUGAUAUUUUUGCCCUUUUAGAGAAAAUCAACACUAUUCAGCAAUUGGCCAGAGUAGAUUUUUGAACUUGUAAAUUUUUUUCUCAUGCCCUUAAAAUUGAUUUACUAAAAUUUUGUAAUAGAAUAUUCCUCUCUGAAUAAGUUGAUUCUAAGAUGUUUUUAUUGGGUAGGUAAAGAAUUUUGUAAUUUUUAAAGGAAGAUGCAUAUUUCUAACCAAGCAAAUACAUUUUGACCAGCUUUUAAUCUCCAAACUUCAAUGUCAUCUGGUAUUAUUUUAGCAAUAUCAGAGAAAAUGGUUUUUUUGAAUAGUUCUAUUUGUGAUUAAAUGAAGAGUUUGAAUGUAAGAAUACAGAUAAGCACCUAUAUAUCAAAUUUGAAAAGCAGGUUAAAAUGGAAGGAUACUUAUAAGAAAAAGCUUUAGUUUGUAAGCCUAAGGAAUUCAAACAUCAUAAAUAAAAGAUAUAUAACUCUGUGUAGGUUUUGAGCUGUCUGUCUUUUUCAUGUUCAAUUUAUCCCAUAAGAAAUAUGAAUGUUACUUGGUUUUUCAGCCUGACGUUACGCAGGCAGAGGAGAAGAAUUAAUGGGUAAAAUAAAAUAAGAAUUCCAUUGAAGGGAAUUCAAGACUUUUUAAAAAAUAUUCAAACCCAGAGUUUUACAGCUUAGCAGGAUAUUUUUUUCCAAACAAUUAUUUAGUUUAGUGCUAGGCACAGAGGAUGUUCACCAAAUAAGAACUGAUUAUAUCGAAUUUAUACUAUUUUCUGGUAUUGGGAACUAGUUUAGGCAUUAGCCAGGGUUUUCUAAAUGAAGAUCCUUUUAUCCAACUUGUCCUUGUUUGCUCUUCUGUGAAUGUAAAUUGAGGACACACUAGUUUCGUAUACAGGAAGUCUUCUUCUUUUGACCACCUGAGUUAUGACAAACCACACUUCCGCUAUGUCUGAAUUUACACUCUGUUUCAGGUUUGCGACAUUGGAUCCAACCGAACACCACCAGGCUCAUAAGGUAAGUAUUACGUCACCCCACCCCUCCUUGCAGUUUCUUCUUCACCCAGAGCCCUCCCUCUGCUCACGGUUGCCCUCCAUGGCCCCCACUCUCUGAGGCCACAAAAUUGGGAAUUGGUGACCAGCUGGAAAGAGGGGCUAGCAGCGGUGGUGAGACUCCUUCCUCUCCCUCCCUUCUUAAUCUCCCCCGCACCAACCCUGUAAGGCUGGGAAUCAGUUCUGGGCCUAGCUCCACCCACCCUUCCUGGCAGCAGGAACCACUAUGUGGGUGCCACGCAUGAAGCCUCAUCACCAUCCUCCCUCUCAGCUGGCCCCUCCAUAGCCUGGCCCCAGCCUCCUGGCUUUGCAGGACUGAAAGUAGGUGCAGAGAGGGGAGGAAGGGGUCGAAGGGGGAAAGCGGAGCUGCUGUCGGCUAUCACCGCCUCGGGAUACCGCUCCAGCCUGAGGAGAUCCGCCCAAGUGUCAGGGGCUCUAGGGAUGCGGACAAUAUCUGCUGCAGCAGCGGCAUCUCAGGGCUCCUGUGCGGCCCUGUAUUCACUUCAUCCCAGCCUGGCCCGUGACCUCCAACCAACAGACCUCCGGUGGAAACUGCAGACCCUGAAUGGAACUGCUUGUUGUAGUGACACCACGGUGUCACCCUGCAGCAAGCUGCAGCCAUUGUUAGGCCCCUUUCUGUCUCCUCAUAUCCCUCCACAUCUGGCACCUUGCCACUUCUCUGGACUUUCUCCAACUUUCUCUUUUGGCCCCGGGUGGCAGAGCUGACUUUACUCGGUAAGCGAGGUGAGCGGUCGCCUCAGGGCAGCAUGUAGUGAUCAAUAGUAUUGAUUUUGCAGUUACU